CCACCCGGAAGUAGUUCCAGCAUGGCGGCUCCCAGUGUGUUCUGCCCGGGGCUCUUCAGGCACAAAGUGGCGAUUGUCACCGGGGGAGGAACCGGCAUCGGCAAAUCUAUAGCGGCCGAGCUGCUGGAACUAGGUUGCAGUGUGGUCAUCGCCUCCCGUAACCUUGGACGUUUAAAAGAAGCCGUGAUAGAUCUCACAGCUAAAAUCUCCCCUUCAACUCCCUCUGUAGUGACACCAAUUCAGUGUAACAUCCGCAAAGAGGAAGAGGUAGAAUCCCUUGUAAAAUCUACGUUGGAUCUCUACGGGAGGAUUGAUUUCCUGGUAAACAAUGGCGGAGGUCAGUUCCCGAGUCCCAGCGAAGCAAUCAGUUCCAAAGGGUGGAAUGCGGUGAUAGAAACUAACCUCACAGGAACAUUUUAUUGCUGUAAAGCAGUGUAUAAUGCCUGGAUGAAGGAACACGGAGGAGCCAUUGUGAAUAUCGUAGCAGACAUGUGGAAGGGGUGUCCUGGCAUGGCCCAUACUGGAGCAGCUCGAGCAGCUGUGGAUAACCUCACCAAGAGCCUAGCUAUCGAGUGGGCACACAAUGGUGUUCGGAUCAACUCCCUCGCCCCUGGAACAAUCUUUUCAAAGACUGCUGUUGAAAAUUACAAAGAUAUGGGUCCAAGCAUGUUUCAAAACUAUAUCCCAAAAAUACCUGCCAAGCGACUGGGGCUUCCUGAAGAGAUUUCACCCAUGGUGUGUUUCUUACUCUCUCCUGCUGCUUCCUACAUCACUGGAGAGACGGUAAAGGUGGAUGCAGGACAGAGCUUGUACCAUCCCUUCUGGGAAGUGACCGAUCACAACAGGUGGCCUGAAGCUCCAGAGGGAGAGAAUGCCAAAGCUUUGAAAAAGAUGUUAUCAGACAUCCCUCCACACAAACUGUGACACGUUGGAAUGCUAGAAUGACAGCGUGGCUGAAUCAGGAAACACAGAAUUAAUGAGGCAUUAUUUAAUUAUGUAUUUGUAAUCAGAAUGUAUAUUGUUUGUGAAUGUUAUACAAUAUACCUGUUAUCAGUAUUUCAUAAAACAAGAUGCAGCUUUUCAAAGAUUGUUAGACCGCAGCCUGAAGUCCUGUCUCUGUUGGAGUCCCUGAAGGCUCUGUCCUUGGUCCCCCUUCUAUUUUCUCUUUAUACGGCCUCUCUUGGCAAACUAAUUACCUCUUUUGGAUUCCACUACCACCUGUACACUGAUAACACCCAGAUAUAUCUCUCCUCUCCGGACCUC